AUGCCCAACUCGGGAAUGUCUGUUCUUAGGUUCUCAUCCCUAUCUUUCCCUUCAGCUGUUCGCUGCCCAGCCCCGGUUUCCUUUGAGAAUGGUGUGUACAGCCCACGGCUGGGGUCCCAUCCAGUGGGCAGCAACCUGAGCUUCGAGUGUGAGGAUGGCUUUACACUGCGGGGUUCCCCUGUGCGACAGUGUCGUCCCAACGGCAUGUGGGAUGGGGAGACUACUGUGUGUGACAAUGGUGCUAGCUUUUGCCCUAACCCGGGCAUUUCUGUGGGUGCAGUGAGGACAGGGUCCCGCUUUGACCUUGGAGACAAAGUCAGCUACCGGUGCUCCUCAAGUCUGGUGUUGACUGGGUCUGCAGAGCGGGAGUGUCAAGAUGAUGGCGUCUGGAGUGGGACGGAGCCCAUCUGUCGCCAGCCUUACUCUUAUGACUUUCCUGAGGAUGUGGCCCCAGCCCUGGGCACCUCUUUAACCCAUCUGGUUGGCACUACCAACCCCACCCAGCAGAAGCAUGAAAACCUGGGUCGAAAAAUUCAAAUCCAGCGCUCUGGCCACUUGAACCUCUACCUGCUCCUGGAUGCCUCUCAGAGUGUGACAGAAGAUGACUUUCAUGUCUUCAAGGAGUGUGCCUCCCUCAUGGUGGACAGGAUUUUUAGCUUUGAGAUCAACGUUAGCGUCGCUAUCAUCACCUUUGCAUCAAAGCCCAAAAUCAUCAUGUCUGUCCUACAUGGAAAUUCCCGGGAUGAGACAGAAGUGAGCAACAGUUUGGAAAAAGCCAGCUAUAAAGAUCAUGAAAAUGGCACAGGUACCAACACAUAUGAGGCCCUAAACAGUGUCUAUAUCAUGAUGAAUAACCAGAUGCAGCGCCUUGGUAUGCAAACUAUGGCCUGGCAAGAAAUCCGACAUGCCAUUAUCCUUCUGACAGAUGGGAAGUCCAACAUGGGCGGUUCUCCCAAGCCAGCAAUUAACAAUAUCAAAGAGAUCUUGAACAUCAAUCAGAAAAGGAAUGACUACCUGGACAUUUAUGCCAUCGGGGUGGGCCAGGUGGAUGUGGACUGGAGAGAACUGAAUGAGUUGGGGUCCAAGAAAGAUGGUGAGAGGCAUGCCUUCAUUCUACAGGACAAAGAUGCUUUGUACCAGGUCUUUGAGCACAUGCUAGAUGUCACUAGGCUCACAGAUCCCAUAUGUGGGGUGGGGAACAUGUCAGCCAAUGCCUCUGCCCAGGAGAGGACACCUUGGCAUGUCACUAUUAAGCCUAAGAGUCAUGCCACAUGUCGGGGGGCCCUCAUCUCAGACCAGUGGGUCCUGACAGCUGCUCACUGCUUCCACAGUGCUGAGCAGCAGGAUCUGUGGAGGAUCAUUGUGGGGGACCCCAACUCCCCAAACGGCAAAGAGUUCCAAGUUGAGAGUAAGGUGAUCUCCUCUGGGUUUAAUGCCCAUGCCAAGAAGGACAAGGGGAUCAAGGAGUUCUAUGGUGAUGACAUUGCUCUGCUGAAGCUGUCACAGAAAGUGAAGAUGUCCACUCAUGCCAGGUGCCAGAGUCUGGGGUGGGUGGGCACCCAGCUGGGGAGAGUGUUCUGGGGAAUCCCUGGAGAAGGAGUGAUGUGUAGGUGGGGCUUGCGUGACCAUCACCUUCUCCCCAGGCCUAUCUGCCUUCCCUGCACAGUGGGGGCCAACCUGGCUCUGCGGAGGCCCCUGGACAGUACCUGCCGAGACCAUGAGAGCAAACUUCUGGAUACGCAGAGCAUUCCUGCUCAUUUUGUGGACUUGGAUGGGAGCAAACAGAACAUAAACCUCAAGACAGGGGUGGAGCGGGCAAGCUGUAUCAGUGCCGUGAUCCAAGACAAAACCUCGUUCCCCAACUUGACAGAUGCCACAGAAGUAGUGACUGACCAGUUCUUAUGCAGUGGGACUGGGAAGGAUGCCCAUCCUUGCAAGGGAGUGUCUGGGGGAGCAGUUUUCCUUGAGCGGAAAUUCAGAUUUUUUCAGGUGGGCCUGGUGAGCUGGGGUCUCUACGACCCCUGUGAUAAGAGCAGCACAAAGUCCCGAAAGAGAAUACAAAGAGAUUUCCACAUCAAUCUCUUCCGUCUGCAGCCCUGGCUGAGGCAGCACCUGCAGGGGGUCCUGAACUUUGUGCCACUCUAACCACUCUAACCAAGGUUACCGACCACUUUGCUGUCCUUGCAGCACGGGUCAUCUUUCUUUUUUCCUCCCUCCAAGCUUCCACCCACAGACACCACGCCCUCCCCUCACUCCCUCCUCUCAGUGAAUCCUGGCCUCCCGGAUCCUGAAGCAGUGCUUCCAAGCUGCUCCUGCCAGUACCCCUCCCACCUCUGCUUUACUGGACUUUCUCUUCUUUCACUUUCACAUGGAAUUUCUAAAUUAUGAAAUUAAUAAAAAUCAUUGAUUUCCACAUCUG